CUUUCUCUCUUUUACAACUCAUACAUUCGCCAUUUUCAAAAUUCAGAACCCCUCUCCUUCUUUUCUCUCCCUCCGAGUCCCGAAAAUGGUGUCCAAGAUAAUCAGGAAAACCCCGACCAAGUCGAUCAAGGACUGCCGUGGCAGCGCUCGUCGCCACCGCCGCAAGUCGCCGGUCAAGAAAGCAGCAGCAGCUUCCGCUGCCGUCAUUGCCUCCAUUAAUAAGUCUUUCUUCACCUGCCACCGUCGCCUCAUCAAGAUCUUCUCCAAAUUGACCCAAAUAGGAACCCCCGGCCGCAACAAGGGAUACAAGAUCCUCAAGAAAACCCCCGAAUCCACCUCCAUCAAAGCCGAAUCUCCACCCCGACCCAAUUCCGAACCCCCAGUUCGACGGUUGCUAACUUUCGACAACCGCCUCCCUCCUCUGAUCUCCCCUGAGAAGCGAACAAUCUUUCUUGACCUCGAUGAGACUCUGGUUCACUCCAAGGCCGACCCGCCUCCCGAGCGGUUCGAUUUCGUGGUGCGGCCGAGGAUCGACGGGGAGGUUCUGAAUUUCUACGUGCUGAAACGGCCAGGAGUGGAUGAGUUGCUCGAAUCUCUUGGGGCUAAGUUUGAGGUUGUGGUGUUUACGGCUGGAUUGAAAGAGUACGCGUCGCUUGUGCUGGACAGGCUCGACAGGAAGAGAGUGAUUGCUCACCGGCUCUAUCGUGACUCGUGCAAGGAGGUAGACGGCAGGCUAGUAAAGGACUUAUCGGAUUUGGGUAGGGAUUUAAGGCGAGCGGUGAUCGUGGACGAUAACCCGAAUUCAUACUCGUUGCAGCCGGAGAAUGCCGUCCCUGUUCAGCCGUUUAUUGACGACCUCGGCGACUGUGAGCUGAGUAAGUUGGCGGGGUUUUUCGAGAGGUCGGAUGAGUUUGAUGACAUGAGGGAAGCUGCGAAGUAUUACAUUGCUCAUGGUCCUGGAAAUCAUGAUGAUAAGUUGGAGACUCUGCAAAUAUAAUCUCAGCUUUCACACCCUUCUUGUUUCCCCUCGGUUUCCUAGACAGUUUGAUUUGUAUUGAAAAAUUUAAUUAGUUGAACUACUAAUGUUCAACUUUUACUGAAACUUCAGGAAUAAUGUAUUUCUCAUCUUCUUAAUCCUAACAAGUUUUCUUUGAUGUUCAUCUAAUGUUGUAAUUUUCUAUUGCUUUUGUGUAAAAGCUGUUUAGUUAUUCCUAAUUAAAAAAGAAAAAAGCCGUUUAGUUGUUCUAGUAUUUGAUGUUUUAAGCUGUUGAUCGCCAUUGUUGGAACUUGGAUUUUGUGUGAAAUGUGUAAGAAAUGCCUCAAUCUUCUUUUGCGAA